AUGGCUAAAGUGGUUGAGAGAUUUGUCCUUUUUCUAAAUAUUACUCCUAUUUUUGUUGUUAUAAUAGUAAGUUUUUGCUUAUUAGAAGCAAAUGCUCAUGUGGUAGUCACUAAUAUUAGUCGAAAGAGUUGUGAUUUAUUCGAAGGAAAUUGGGUUUUUGAUAAUUCAUAUCCAUUGUAUAAUUCAACAACUUGUCCAUUCAUAAGAAAGGAAUUUGAUUGCAUCAAAUAUGGCAAACCUAAUCUUGAUUAUCUUAAAUAUAGAUGGCAACCCAAGGGUUGUGUCUUAUCGAGAUUUGAUGGAAAAAACUUCAUGAAAAGAUACAGAGGAAAAAGGAUAAUGUAUAUUGGGGAUUCUUUAAGUCUUAACAACUUUGAAUCCCUUCUAUGUUUGCUUCAUGCUGCUCUCCCCAAAUCCAAAUUCAAGCAACAAAUAAAUAAACAUUCUGUUUCCGUCACUUUUGAGGAUUAUGGAGUUGAAGUGAUACUAUUUCAUUCAAAUUAUUUGGUAGACAUUGAAGUGGUACCCAAUGUUGGAAGAGUAUUAAAACUAAAUUCCAUUAAAAGUGGAGAAAUUUGGAAGCAAGCUGAUGUUUUGAUCUUUAAUACUUGGCUUUGGUAUCUACGAGCCGAUUCUAAGCAACAAUGGGAUUUUGUUGAAAAUAAUGGCACGAUAUCCAAGGACAUGAACCGUAUUGAAGCUUUUCGUAUAGGAUUAAAUACAUGGGCUAAAUGGGUUGAAAGAGAUAUUAAUACAAAGAAAACCAAAGUAUUUUAUCAAGGAGCAUCAGCCACACAUUACCAUGGAUCUGAAUGGGGUAAGCCAGAAGUAAAGAAUUGUUUCAAUGAGACAAGUCCAGUAAGAGGAUCAACAUACCCAAGUGGCUUACCAAUUCCAGUAAACAUAGUGAAACAAGUACUAAAGAACAUGUCAAAGCCAAUAGUAAAUUUACUUGACAUAACAAAGCUAACACAACUAAGAAAAGAUGGACAUCCAAGUAUAUACAAUGGUAUACAUGGCUUUGAUUGUACACAUUGGUGUAUUGGUGGAGUUCCUGAUACUUGGAAUAAUAUUCUAUAUGCAUCUCUCUUUCCCACUUCUCCCAAACACUCCAUUUAA